UCAUUUAUAUAAUGCUGAAGCGCAAAAAAUUGUGUUCAUUUGAGUAUUGUUUUUGUGGCAAAAAGAAAAGUACUGAUAAAUAACAAUGAAGUGUUGGAUUUUUUUAAUAACUAUUUCAUUCAUUAGUCUUUGUUACUCUUCUGCUAUUGAAAAUGAAGCAUGUCCUCCAGAAAAUUGUGUAACUUCUGAUAAAUGUGAUUAUAAAAUGAAUACUCCUCUAGAAUGUGGUCCUUCUAGAAUUUGUUGUUCAGUUUUAAAAGCAGAAUCGAGAACUCAUUGUAGACACCAUGGAGGUGAAUGUAUGUCGAGUUGCAAUCCUCAACUGAUAAGAGAUGUUAUUGAUUGUCAAGCUGGAACUCAUUGUUGUGUAUUGGUUUAAUAAAAACAUUCUUGAAAGAAGCAUCAAUAAAAUAUGAUAAGCAAUUAAAUAAAAGACAUAAACGGUAUCAAAAGAAAACAUUACUGAAUGUCAAUUUUGAAUACUCAUAGUGAGAAAGAAUAAUAUAAUAUUAAAUAAAAAUUUUGCAAUAGAAAUUAGCCAACUUGUAAUUAGCUAAAUUCUAAUAAAAACAUGUAACUUAAAUAAUGUUAAUUAUAUUCAUUACAUGCUUAUAUGAACUUUUGUAUUUUCCAUAGAUCAUAUGAGGAGUGUCUGUUCAAAAGGUCUCAUUUCCAUGAUAAACAAAUUUUACAGGAAAUAAUAAACAAUAUUUAAAUUAUUUAAUAAAAUAUAAUAAUAAUUGUUAUGAUUGUAUUCAACACAAAUUAGGCUAAUUGAUGUACAUGUACAUUUUAUUAAAAUCAUUGUAUAGACGUUAUAUUUUAUUAAUUUUAAAAAAUAAAAAUGUAUUCCUUUCUACAGGGGAAUAGGACCUUUUGAACAGACACUAUGCUAAAUACAGACUACAAUCAACACACCUUACUUCACUUUCAACCUUGCACUCUUUAAAAAGAUAAACCAAAUAUCACUUUAUUCACAUUAAAAUACUCGCAAAUUUUUUCAUCAAUUGCUUCACUCAGGAGAGUGUUAACUGACUUAUUUAACGUAUCUUCUCUCAUACCCUUACAUUAUUAUUCAAUAUAAUCUAUAAUGUCACUAC